GGAGGGAGGGUGGCUGGAAGGUCUGACGGGAAAUGAUCACAACACUGUAAGGGCUAAAAUACGCUUUUCGUCAAUCCCCUGAUCAGGAACAGAUGUUCAAACUCAGCAUGCCCGCGGACACAGAAGCAGCUGCUGUUACCAACCCGUGACCGCGCGUCUUCCAAAAGGUCCUAAGACAGCGCUCAGUGGCUGAUCGUCCCCUGAGCCGCUCUCACCUGUGUAUUCCGUGAACACUGAGCAGGUUCACAAAAAAGCCAUGAGCGCGCCGGCCAACGACCCCGAGAGCAUCCUGAGCUACCAGAGGCCAGAUGAGGAGGUGGUGGUGGACCAAGGAGGGACCAGCUCUGUACUGAACAUCCACUAUGAGAAGGAGGAACUAGAAGGCCACAGGGCUCUUUUUGUCGGGGUUCGGAUGCCGAUGCAGAGCCAUCGUCACCACAAGCCUCACGGCUCUCGCCACCGAAGGAGAGACAGGAGGGCGGGAAGCAUCGCAACGCAGCAGAGCGAGGAGAGUGAGACGGCCGCUUCCAGUCAUGACACGCCGUCCCAGCGCGUCCAGUUCAUUCUUGGCACAGAGGAGGACGCCGAACACGUGACCCACGAGCUGUUCACUGAGCUCGAUGAGAUCUGUGUGAAGGAUGGCAAGGAUGCCGAGUGGAAGGAAACAGCCAGGUGGCUGAAGUUUGAGGAAGACGUGGAGGAUGGUGGGGAGAGGUGGAGCAAGCCCUAUGUCGCAACACUUUCCCUCCACAGCCUGUUUGAGCUGCGAAGUUGCAUCAUCAAUGGCAGCGUGUUGCUCGACAUGCACGCUGACAGCAUCGAAGAGAUUGCAGACAUGGUGCUGGACCACCAGGAGGCGUCCCAUGAGCUGGACGACAGUGUGAGAGUGAAGGUGCGCGAGGCCCUACUGAAGAGACACCACCACCAGAACGACAAGAAGAAGAACCUCAUGCCGAUGGUGCGCUCCAUCGCAGAGGGAACCCGCAAACAGUCAGAGACGUAUCUGAUGGCAGGGCCAGCCACAUCUUCCCAGCCUCCAGUGGUCACAGAACCAGCCAAGAAUGGUGGAGGACAGGACGGCCAUCAAGUGGACCUGAGCAAAGUGGACAUGCACUUCAUGAAGAAGAUCCCGGAGGGCGCAGAGGCCUCCAAUGUAUUGGUAGGAGAACUGGACUUCUUGGAGAGGCCCAUAGUAGCUUUUGUCCGCCUUUCCCCUGCUGUGCUGCUCACCGGACUCACUGAGGUCCCCAUACCUACCAGGUUCCUCUUCAUUCUUCUGGGCCAAGAUGGAAAGGCUCAGCAAUACCAUGAAAUUGGACGCUCUAUGGCAACCAUCAUGACAGAUGAGAUCUUCCAUGAUGUAGCCUACAAGGCAAAGGACAGAAGUGACCUGCUGGCUGGGAUAGAUGAGUUUCUAGACCAGGUGACGGUCCUACCACCAGGAGAGUGGGACCCCUCAAUCCGCAUUGAGCCCCCAAAGAGUGUUCCCUCUCAGGAGAAGAGAAAGACGCCAGGAGUCACUAAUGGCACAGCCUGCCAGGUUGAGGAGGAACUACAUGCCGAGCAUCACGGACCAGAGCUACAGAGAACUGGAAGGUUGUUUGGUGGUCUGAUACUGGACAUCAAGAGGAAAGCUCCGUUCUAUCUGAGUGACUUUAAGGAUGGUCUUAGCCUUCAGUGCGUGGCCUCCUUCCUCUUCCUCUACUGUGCCUGCAUGUCUCCUGUCAUCACUUUUGGAGGACUGCUGGGGGAGGCAACAGAGGGACGCAUUAGCGCCAUAGAGUCCUUACUGGGUGCGUCUAUGACUGGAGUAGCCUACUCUUUGUUUGCUGGUCAGCCUCUCACAAUUCUGGGCAGCACAGGUCCUGUGCUGGUUUUCGAGAAAAUCCUCUACAAGUUCUGCAAGGACUACGACCUGUCCUAUCUGUCUCUGAGGACUUGCAUCGGCCUGUGGACGGCUGUGCUGUGUUUUCUUCUGGUUGCCACCGAUGCAAGCUCUCUGGUGUGCUACAUCACUCGGUUUACAGAGGAGGCCUUUGCCGCCCUCAUCUGCCUCAUCUUCAUCUACGAGGCCUUGGAGAAGCUGGUCCACCUGGGAGAAGUCUACCCCUUCAACUCCAACAGCGAUCUGGACAAACUCACACUGGCGUACUGUAGAUGUACAGAGCCUGAUAACCCCAGUAAUAAUACCUUACAACUGUGGAGUGCGAAAAACAUCACAGCAACUGAAGUGCCAUGGACCAAUCUUACUGUCAAGGAAUGUGUGGGUCUGCAAGGCCACUUUGUCGGGACAUCAUGUGGCCCCCAUGGGCCCUUCACCCCAGAUGUUCUCUUCUGGUCCACCAUCUUGUUCUUCUCGACUUUCCUCAUGUCUGCGUUCCUCAAACAAUUUAAAACAAGUCGUUAUUUCCCCACCAAGGUGCGAUCCAUGAUCAGUGACUUUGCCGUGUUCCUCACCAUCGCCAUCAUGGUUCUGCUUGAUUAUAUAAUUGGAGUGCCCUCCCAGAAGUUGAAAGUGCCCAACAAAUUCCAGCCGACCAGAGACGACCGAGGUUGGUUGAUCAAUCCAAUAGGACGCAACCCGUGGUGGACAGUGCUGGCUGCAACUAUUCCUGCUCUCCUGUGCACCAUCCUCAUCUUUAUGGACCAACAGAUAACUGCCGUCAUCAUCAACCGCAAAGAGCACAAACUGUUGAAGGGAUGCGGGUACCACCUGGACCUACUCGUAGUCGGAGUGAUGCUGGCGGUGUGCUCCAUCAUGGGCUUGCCCUGGUUCGUGGCAGCCACAGUGCUGUCCAUCUCUCACGUCAACAGCCUGAAGCUGGAGUCGGAAAGCUCGGCUCCAGGAGAGAUGCCUCGCUUCCUGGGCAUCAGGGAACAGAGGCUCACUGGCCUCGUCAUCUUUCUGCUCAUGGGCUGCUCCGUAUUCAUGACUGGAGCUCUGCAGUUCAUUCCUAUGCCAGUGCUGUAUGGGGUUUUCCUUUACAUGGGAGUGUCUUCAUUAAAAGGCAUACAGUUCUUUGACCGUCUGAAGUUGUUCGGCAUGCCGGCGAAGCACCAGCCAGACUUCAUCUACCUGCGGCACGUCCCCUUGAGGAAGGUGCACCUGUUCACUCUGACACAGCUCACCUGUCUGCUGCUGCUCUGGUUCAUUAAGACCUCACCUGCUGCCAUUGUCUUUCCAAUGAUGGUGCUGGCUUUGGUUUUUAUUCGCAAACUGCUGGACUGUUGUUUCUCUGAUCGAGAGCUAAGUUACCUGGAUGACUUGAUGCCUGAGUGGAAAAAGAAAACCCUUGAUGAUGUUUCCAAAUCAAUAGAAGAGGAAUCACAGAUUAUGCUCAGUACAAAGAAGGAAGAAAUAGCUGCUGUUCCCAUUGUCGUGGAGAGCAGCAAGCCCAUUCAGACCCCAAAAGCACAUGACCCAAGGUGUGACCCCUCUGAUAUUAAUAUAUCUGAUGAAAUGUCUAAAACCACCGUGUGGAAAUCCCUCAACUCUAACCAAAAGGACAUUUGUCCUGUGUCUGCUAAGAAGGAUUGAAGGGAUUGCAUUCAUAGACGAGUAAAAGAUGUACGCAUGUCCUGGACCAAAAGAGUGCGAAAGGCUUUGACCAUCAGCCACUACAGUGCUUAAAGGAAAGAGGUCUUGAUGAUUUCAACCAGCCAACUGCAAAACAUAAUAAAUGUCCAUUAACAUACAAGCAUAGAGACGGACAGAGAUAGACUCAUGCACUUUUAUCUUUGUGAGGACUAUAAAUAUUUUUGAAAGCGUGUUUCUCUGAAAUAAGAACUCAUUCCAAAUCUGAUCACUUGAAACUACAAACUAACUAGAAACUAGCAUCAACUUGAACAACAGUGAUGUUAUUUUCACCAUAAACCAGUUAAUAAAACCAUCAUAUUCCUAUUGAAACUUACUACUAAACCAAUCAGGGAUGAUGUCUCAAUGAUGAUGUCAUUCAGAGUCACUGGUCUGUCUUCAUCCGAAUAAGUAUAUCAAUUUUUACAGCAAUAGUAUAAUAGAUCAUAUGUAUCUCUCUUUAGGAUGGAUAUUUCAGGUUUUACAGUGGAUUUGCCCCAAACAGCUACCUGUUGCAAUUGAAAAUGGCCAGGAAACAAUGUCAUGGCCUGGGGAAUAAAAACAGUGAGCAAAAGUCAGCUGUGAAGAUCUCUUGAUCACUACAAGCGUCCCCAAUAACUAGAACUAAUCAUGUGAUCAGUGUUGAUUAUGGCAAAAAUACUUGCUAAUAUUUGUACCUCAAAAAGAUAGAAGGGCAGACGCACACAUAACAACAACAAAGAUCUCUCAACUCCCCCUUUUCACUCUUUGAUCAGAACCCCCCCCCCCCCUGGUCCAGGUUUCAGAGGCUGCUGCACACUGCACACGUCAUGGUGUCCAGGAAGUGCUCCUUGUUUCCUGUUAAUCUAAGUACAUUUAUUUAUCAAUCAUUAUAAAUUAUAAUUGUAUCUAAUGUGCCAUGAGUACGUCCCUUUUUCAAAUGGUGAUGAUAUGGUAAAUUAUUUGGUAGAUUUAAAAACACUUUGCAGGUUCAGUAAUACUUACUCUUUUGGAACAUAAAACUUGGUGUCAGUUUUGUGUGAUGAUGUAAACUGAAAACAGUGAAUGUUAGAAGACCCACUUCAGUUGAAGCAGUGGCAUCAAUAACGUGUAAUCUUUCUCCCUUUAUGGACGUUUGUCUUUGAACUAAUGAUUGUGUACGACAGAGGUUGUUCUUCAGAAUAUCCGUCAUGUGUUAGUACUGUGUCUUAUUUCUUUACCUACCACAAGUUCAUGAAUGCUCCUGCAGGGCACUUUUGAUGACGCCACUUCAGGGGGAAACAGAGCAGAGAAAUGGUGUGCCUGUGUGUGUAUUUGUGUGUAGGUGUGUGGCUGUGAGAGAGGAAAAGAGUCUCUUGUGUAUCAGGAAAGGGUAGCUGCAGGACUUUCUUUUAAGCAAUAAUUUACCCCACCUUCAACACAAAUUGACCUUAAAGUAUAACUCUAUAUUUUUAUCCUCCCUUUGUGGUGGUUCAGAAAAGGCCAGAACACUUUACAUGUGUCAAAAAAAGGCAUCUUUAAUUAAAAGGAUAUGUAUUUUUCCUUCAUCAUGUGGAUCCCAAAGUCAGUUUGGUUGAACAAGGUUCAACUGUAAUUUGCUCCACCUCAUUUUUAUCAGCCAAAGGAAACAGAUUAUUUUGUGAAAGAAUGACCUUCACGAUAAUUUAAUCUUUAGCACUUUCUGUAGAUAAAAAAAAUCUUGGUAUAUUUUAUUUUCAAUAAGUCUAUUGAGCAUUUCAAUAAUUUAAAAAUGUAUAAUAUUUCAUUAUUUUUAAAUAUACAUUUACGAUGUGUGCUCUUUACUUUCUGUAUAUGUUGUAAUAAGAGACAAGCUAAGAUAAAUGUUGAAUAAUGUAGCACAUGAAUAAUAUAAUAGUAUAAUUAAAUAAAUCAAAUACCUCCACAGAUUAUUUCGAAGACAGUAAACAGCUCUAGUGGGAUACAUCAGGAGUUUGUCUAUUACACCUCGGACGUCACUCUCGGGUCCUCAAUGGACAACCUAGAGAAUCUUGAAUUCACUCAUUGAUCAAUUAUUGAUUGCUUUCCAAUUUAGAUGAAAAUUAACAGACUAAUUAUUCAUAUGAAUUACAUAAUGUCUACCUUUGAUUGCAAGGUGACAGGGAGACAAGAUUACAUUUAAUGACAU